AUGGCGACAAAAAGGAGCGUGGGUUCUCUCAAGGAAGCCGAUCUCAGGGGAAAGAAAGUGCUCGUGAGGGUGGAUCUGAACGUGCCGUUGGAUGAUAGCCUUAAAAUCACCGACGAUACCAGAAUCAGAGCCGCCGUCCCCACGAUCAAGUACUUGAUUGGCUAUGGCGCUAAAGUCAUCCUCACCACCCAUCUCGGACGUCCGAAAGGGGUCACGCCAAAGUACAGCUUGAAGCCUCUUGUUCCUAGACUCUCUGAACUCCUUGGUCUCGAGGUCAAGAUGGCUAAUGACUGUAUUGGUGAAGAAGUUGAGAAGCUGGUGUCUGCUUUGCCAGAUGGAGGUGUUAUUCUACUGGAAAAUGUUAGGUUCUACAAAGAAGAGGAGAAGAAUGACCCAGAGUUUGCAAAGAAGCUAGCUUCCCUUGCAGAUUUGUAUGUUAAUGAUGCUUUCGGAACUGCCCACAGAGCUCAUGCUUCCACAGAAGGAGUAGCCAAGUACUUGAAGCCCUCUGUUGCUGGUUUCCUUAUGCAGAAGGAGCUUGAUUAUUUAGUUGGAGCUGUGGCCAAUCCUAAGAAGCCAUUUGCUGCAAUUGUCGGUGGUUCAAAGGUAUCUACAAAGAUUGGUGUUAUUGAGUCGCUGUUGGAGAAGGUAGAUCUCCUCUUGCUCGGUGGAGGAAUGAUCUUUACUUUCUACAAAGCCCAAGGACAUGCUGUGGGGUCCUCACUCGUGGAGGCUGAUAAGCUUGAUCUUGCAAACUCACUUAUGGAGAAGGCCAAGGCUAAGGGGGUGUCCCUUUUGCUGCCUACGGAUGUAGUUGUGGCUGACAAGUUUGCUGCUGAUGCUAACAGCAAGGUUGUUCCAGCAUCUCAAAUUCCUGAUGGGUGGAUGGGUUUAGAUAUUGGACCGGACAGUAUUAAAUCAUUCGGCGAAGCUUUGGACUCCACCAAGACCAUAAUCUGGAAUGGGCCUAUGGGAGUGUUUGAAUUCGACAAAUUUGCAGCAGGAACAGAGGCCAUCGCCAAAAAAUUGGCUGAACUCAGUGGGAAAGAAGUGACCACGAUCAUAGGAGGAGGUGAUUCUGUUGCUGCAGUUGAAAAGGUUGGUCUGGCGGACAAGAUGAGCCACAUCUCAACCGGAGGUGGUGCCAGCCUGGAACUUCUCGAAGGAAAACCACUACCUGGAGUUCUGGCCCUUGAUGAUGCUUGA